CAUCUUUAUUGUUUAUUUAUUUUAUAGCAGAUAAAAGCUUUAUAGUAGUAAUACUAAGCUUCUAUUAUUAUAUGAAUUAAAUAAUAAUAAUAAAAUGGUUCAAUACAUUUUACCUAAAUUACUUUAUAUAUGCUUAUAUGGUGUUCUUGGGUCUGCAAUACCUUAUUUAUCCUUAUUUUAUGCAGAUAUACUUCAUUUAACUUCUCAACAAAUAGGUAUCAUAUUGGCUAUUGCACCUUUUAUACAGAGUAUAGCAUGUCCUUUUUGGACUGUACAAGUAGAUAAUAAACCUAAAUGGCAUGGCAUGCUUAUGGCCAUUCUAAUGUUCAUUGGAGGAAUUAGUGUUAUAGGAUUAAUGUUUAUACCCAUCUUUUUACCUAUUAAUGAAACAUCGUCAACUGCUGUCCUGACUAUCACUGUUAUAUUAGCCGUCACUUUUGCCUUCUUUGGUCAACCAGUCACUGUUUUAGUUGACAGUGCAGUUUUAAAAAUUCUUGGUAAUAACGGAAUUUAUUAUGGUAAGUGUUAAGAAUAUAGAAAGAGUGAAGCGUAAAUAUAUGCAUAUAUAUAUAUAUAUAUACAUAUAUGUAUACAUGUAUACUAUUAUUAUUUCUUCUUUUAGGCGAUCAAAGAUUAUGGGGCUCAGUUUCAAAUGGUGUUUGUAUACUACUUGCAGGUUAUUUUAUUAAUUUG